CAGUCCCGAGGCUUAUGCUGUAUGCUUGCUGCCACUGCUCAAUCACACAUUUCUAGAGGUCAGCCUACUGGCAGUUUGUUACAAGUUCGAGGAGUCAGCCUACUCGCAGUCUGUUUCAAUGAAAAUGUAUGGCAUAGACAAGGACCGACAUUUCAUACAUCUUCAUUGUCUGUGGAUUGUCGGCUAUGUUGCCUCCUCCCCCCUGCAUUCCAUUCCUGUCUCCAUCUCUUGCAAUGUGGGAAGCCAAGCCAUCCUUCCCUGCAAGUGGAAGUCCCAGCUAGACAACGUCCCAGUUUGCCAUGUCCAGUGGCAGACACCUGACGAGACCGUGUUUGAACAGAUGGGGGCGCAACAGUGGCAGGCAACCGAGUUUGAGGGGCGGGUGGAGGUACCUGAGGAAAAGCUGUGGGAGGGAGACUGCUCUCUGAUCUUGAGUGACGUGCAGUUUGGGGAUGUGGGGCUUUACGAGAGCUUCAUGGUGGUUGACAGGGCACGUAAUAAGAGGCGGGUGUUCAUCCAGAGUGUCCAGCUCUCAGUCCAUGACUACACGUCCGAGGAGUCCUUGAGGGUGGGUGAAACCCUGGCCCUGAAGCUCCACACUCCCCAGGCCAUGAAAGUGGUCUUCCGGGGGAGGAACAGCACAGAGUUGACGGUCCUGUGGAUGAGGGGUGAAGAGGAGGUCAACAGGGGUCGUCUUGAGGCUGAAGGGCUUGUGGUCCUCAAAGGGUUGAAAAUAGACGACUGUGGGACCUAUACCGUGUUGGAUUCCCAUGGGCUGCCGGUUAGCACGGUUCAGCUUACAGUGGAAGCAUGUCAGGUUGAUGAAACUCAAAGAUUACAUCAGACCCAGGUCAAACCAGCACCUGUAGGUAAAUCAACAUAUAACAGGUCCUCCUCUCUGGUUAUGUUAUUUGUCCUGCUGUUCAGUCCCCUGAUUCAACAUCUCCUCUAACACCGAUCUGCCAUGGGGCGCUCAUCCAAUACUACCAUGGCUUCCACAAGGUGCUGUCCCAGCCCAACUUCCGCAGCCUGGCCGUGCGCUCAGAGCUCAUCAACCUGCACCACCUCAUGGUCACAAGAAACACAAGCCCAAAUCUGUCUAGGAAAUUAUUUUAACCUCCAGAAGAUUUGUUCUCAUCCACUGUUUCCUAUCAUAGCUUUUUCGUUUUUAUUAUAGUUAACUACAUACUGUAGAUUAAUAUUCAUUGUUUAGAUUAAAUGCAUCUGUUAGAAAAGCAAAGUUGGUGAAGGAUCUCAUGACAUCCUGACUCAGAGCUUCCACAGCCUGUUUCCAUGUGCUGGAAAACCCCCUGACUAACUGGGUGAUCCGGGCUGAGAGAGAAGAAAGAAAAAGAGGGUUUGAGAAAGGGGAG